GAAGCAGAAGUGGCCGAGGCUGCGGCGCCGCCAGAGGAGAAGCAGCAGCAGCAUCCGAGGGAGAGAGAGAGAGAGAGAAGGCGGAGAGAGAGUCCCGGCUGCCUCUUGCAGCCUCUUCCCUCGAGGGGCAGCCUGUUGAAGACUUCCUGCCUCCACGCUGAAAAUGUCCAGGAGAAGCAUAGACUGUGGGGAACUUCCCGAGUAUGAGAAGAGUCAAAUCAAAAGGACAUUGGAGCUGGGGACUGUCAUGACGGUGUACAGCCUGAAAAAGAGUAACCCAGAGAGGAGGACAAUCCAGGUUAUUAUGGAAACCAGGCAGGUAGCAUGGAGUAAGACAGCUGACAAGAUAGAAGGAUUCUUGGAUUUGAUGGAAAUAAAGGAAAUCAGACCAGGAAAAAAUUCAAAAGAUUUUGAGCGUGGGAAAGCAACACGACAAAAAGAUGAACACUGUUUCACGGUUUUCUAUGGUACUCAGUUUGUCCUCAACACGUUGAGUUUAGUAGCUGAUUCCAAGGAUGAUGCUGAGAGAUGGCUCUGUGGGUUGAAUAUUUUGCAUCAAGAAGCCAUGAAUGCCUCCACACCAGCAAUUACAGAGAGCUGGCUCAGAAAGCUGAUUUACUCAGUGGACCAAUCCAGAAGGAACAGUAUCAGCCUUCGCGAGCUGAAGACCGUGCUUCCAUCUGUAAACUACAAAGUAAACAACAUAAAGUUUUUAAAAGAUAAAUUUGCAGAAAUAAAGGCUGUUAAAGAAGAACUUAGCUUUGAGCAAUUCCAUCUGUUUUACAAGAAAAUUAUGUUCGAGCAACAGAAAUCGAUUCUUGAUGAUUUCAAGAAAGAUUCCACUAUGUUUCUUCUGGGCAACACGGAUCGUCCAGAUGCUUCAGCAGUACAUUUGCAUGACUUCCAGAGGUUUUUGCUGCAUGAACAGCAGGAAACAUGGGCGCAAGAUCUUAAUAAAGUAAGAGAACGGAUGUCUAAAUUUAUAGAUGACACCAUGAGAGAAACUGAUGAACCUUUUCUAUAUGUUGAUGAGUUCCUUACUUAUCUUUUUUCAAAAGAAAACAGUAUCUGGGAUGACAAGUAUGAUGCAAUUGACCCUCAGGAUAUGAACAAUCCUUUGUCCCACUACUGGAUUUCUUCCUCACAUAAUACAUACCUCACAGGAGACCAGCUUCGUAGUGAAUCGUCCCCUGAAGCAUAUAUCAGGUGCCUCCGAAUGGGAUGCCGGUGUAUUGAGUUGGAUUGCUGGGAUGGUCCAGAUGGGAAACCCAUCAUUUAUCAUGGAUGGACACGGACAACAAAAAUUAAAUUUGAUGAUGUUGUGCAAGCCAUCAAGGAGCAUGCAUUUGUCACAUCUGAGUACCCAGUGAUUUUGUCCAUUGAGGAACACUGCAGUGUGGAGCAACAACGCCACAUUGCCAGAGUAUUCAGGGAGGUGCUUGGGGAUCAACUUCUCACAAAACCUGUUGAAGCCAGUGCUGAUCAGCUGCCCUCACCAACUCAGUUGAAAGAAAAGUUCAUCAUCAAGCAUAAAAAACUCGGGCCGAAAGGUGAUGUCGAUGUCAAUACAGAAGACAAGAAAGAAGAAAAAAAGCAACAAGGAGAACUCUACAUGUGGGAUACCAUAGACCAGAAAUGGACUCGCCAUUAUUGUUGCAUUGCCCAUGAAAAGCUCUCUUUCAGUGACGACAUUGAACAAAACAAUGAAGAAGAACCUAUGAAGGACGUGAAGUGUACAGAGCUCCACUAUGGCGAGAAAUGGUUCCAUGGGAAAAUGAAAGAAGGAAGGACAACUGCAGAAAAGCUGCUCCAGGAAUAUUGCGCCGAAAUGGGCGGCAAGGAUGGGACGUUCUUAGUGAGGGAGAGCGAAGCUUUCCCUAAUGACUACACUCUCUCUUUCUGGAGAUCAGGUAGAGUCCAGCACUGCCGCAUCCGCUCCUCAACUGACGGAGACACCAUCAAGUACUAUCUGACGGAUAACCUCACCUUUGAUAACAUCUGUGACCUAGUCCAACAUUAUAAAGAAGCACAUUUGCGUUGUGCGGAGUUUGAACUGCGCUUGACUGAUGCUGUGCCUAACCCCAAGCCUCAUGAAAAUAAGAGUUGGUACUACAGCAACCUGAGCCGCGGAGAAGCAGAAGACAUGCUGAUGCGAAUUCCUAGGGAUGGAGCCUUUUUGAUAAGGAAGAGAGAUGAACCCGAUUCCUAUGCUAUGACCUUCAGAGCUGAGGGAAAAGUGAAGCACUGCCUGAUCAAGCAAGAAGGACGCCUGUUUGUUUUGGGAACGUCAGCUUACUUUGAGAGCUUGGUGGAGUUGGUGAACUAUUAUGAGAAGCAUCCAUUGUACAGGAAAAUGAAAUUACGCUAUCCUGUCACAGAGGAGCUGCUGGAACGCUACAGCAUGGAGAAAGAUCCUAGCUCAUUAUAUGAUGUCAAGAUGUAUGUGGAACCCACUGAAAUAACACCAUCAGUGCCUCUGAGAACAGUCAAAGCCUUAUACGACUAUCAAGCUAAAAGAGAUGAUGAGCUAACUUUUUGCCGUGGAGCCUUAAUUCAUAACGUCUUAAAAGAAAGCAGUGGCUGGUGGAAAGGAGAUUAUGGAUGUAAAGUUCAGCACUAUUUCCCAUCCAAUUAUGUGGAAGACAUGUCAUCUGAUAGCAUAGAAGACCUUGAGAACCAGAUAAUUGAAGACAAUCCUUUAGGAUCUUUGUGCAGAGGUAUUUUGGACCUCAAUAUGUAUAAUAUUGCAAAAAUGCCUCAAGGAAAACACGGGAGGAAUUUUGUCUUCAUUCUGGAACCCAAGAACCCAGAGGAUCCGCCUGUUGAGUUUGCAGCUGAGAAAGUGGAAGAGCUAUUUGAGUGGUAUCAAAGCGUUAGGGAAAUCACAUGGAGGACAGCCGAAGAGGCAACCAUCAGGGUAUACUGGGAGAAGAAGCAGUUAAUUGCCAUGGAGUUAUCCGACUUGGUUGUCUUCUGCAUACCUACAAGUAAAACCAAGGACAACUUAGAAAAUCCCAAUUUCAAAGAAAUCCGUUCCUUUGUGGAGACCAAAGCGGAAGCCAUUGUCAGGCAGAAGCCUGUUGACCUGCUCAAAUACAACCAGAAGGGAUUGACACGCAUCUACCCCAAAGGCCAGAGAGUGGACUCUUCCAAUUACGACCCUUUUCGGUUCUGGUUUUGUGGGGUGCAGAUGGUGGCUCUGAAUUUCCAGACUCCAGAUAAAUACAUGCAAGUGAAUCAAGCCUUGUUUUCACUUAACGGCCGGACUGGAUAUGUCCUGCAACCAGAAAGUAUGAGGAACGAUGCAUAUGAUCCUCUGCCAAAUGAAUCAAAGAAGAAACUACAGAUGAUUUUGGCUGUGAGGGUAAUUGGUGCUCGCCAUCUUCCCAAACCUGGUAGAAGUAUUGCCUGUCCAUUUGUAGAAGUGGAAAUUUGUGGGGCUGAAUAUGACAACAAUAAAUUUAAGACGACUGUUGUGAAUGACAAUGGCCUUAAUCCCAUUUGGACGUCUCAAGAACCAGUGAAGUUUGAAAUUUAUGACCCAAGCCUUGCCUUUCUGCGUUUUGUGGUCUAUGAGGAAGACAUGUUUAGUGAUCCCAACUUCUUAGCACAUGCCACUUUUCCUAUCAAAGGAAUCAAAUCAGGCUUUCGGUCAGUCCCUCUCAAAAAUGGCUUCAGUGAAGAUAUAGAACUGGCUUCCCUUCUGAUUUAUUGUGAGAAGCAGCAGAUCCCAGAAGGUGAAGAAGAUCUCUAUUCGUCAUUUCGGCAACUCCGACAACGACAAGCGGAGCUGAACAAUCAGUUAUAUGACACCCGACGCAAUUUAAGGAGCCCAAAUCGAGAUGCUUUAUUGAAAGAGUUCAAUGUGAACGAGGGUCAGCUGCAGGUGUAUCAAGAGACUUGCAACAGGAGAUUGAAGGAGAAAAGGGUCAGCAAUAGCAAAUUCUACUCCUAGAGGAAUAGGUUUCUUUCGGUGUAAGAGACUUGUCACUUGGUUAGAGCCAUAUGGGAAAAAAGAUGGCUAUCCGCCACGUUCUUCAAUGGAAUUGCCUUUGAAAUUACAGCAAAAAUGGAAUCCUAGUUUGAGAGAUUAACCCCUCCUACUCCACGGACCAUGCCUUCAAGAAUGUCAGGUUUUUAAAAGAAAACAACUUUUUAUGUGUGUUAGAAAUUUAUUGGAAUGUUUUUUUAAUUUAUUUUGAACUUUUGUGUGUACAGCAACAGGGAGUGUGUUUUGUGUGUGUGUGUAUAACUAUGAAGGCUGACUGGCACUGAAUAUAUACAAAUUUGUACCAUUUUGAGAUAGAUUAAAAAGUGCCUAACAAUUAUAAAUGAA